ACCCACCACUCCCCCUCCCUCAACUGUGUGUGUGUGUCAGUCAGAGAGAUAGUGAAGGAGUGUGUGAGUGAGUGCGUCAGUCAGUGCGUCAGUGCGAGAGCGUGCGGGAUGGAUGGAUGGAUGAAGGGAACGGAGGGAGGGGGGCUCACAGUCAGUGGUGAGUUGUGAGAAGAAAGAAAAGAAGGGAGGGAAGGAAGGAAGACCACCAACUGCCAUUACGGCACGGCAGCAAAGGGAGACUCACUCCCUCAACUCACUCACUCAACUCAGUCUCUCACUCAUUCAUGACUGGGAAGAAGGGGGUCAAGUCAAAAACUUGCUAGCCCGCAUCCUCAGGAGGAAAGCAAGCGAACGAAACACGAAAGGAAAAGAAAGGAAAGGAGAGGAAAGGAAGGCACGAAGGCAGGCAGGAACCCAACACCACCACCACCACCCCCCACCCUCAUCCAUCCAUCGUUUGGUGCUGCGCAUGCCCGAUGGAGAUGGAGAUGGAGACUCCACAGCAGGGCCUCCGCUGAUGCAUGGUGCCCCCUAGAUCAUGCAUCGUGGCCUCAUCCCCCCACUAGUCACACCACAUCGAUGCAACAUCUGCGCUAGCAGCAGAAGACGAAGCAGCCAUAGCAGGACCAGGGGGACGACGACGACAACUAGCGCACCACGACAACGACGACGACGAAGCCGACGAAGAAGCAGAAGCAGAAGAAGUAGAAGGGAAUUAACAAGGUCACUCAAGGCUCUUCAGCAAUGGAGCUGGACCUGAAGAGCGAAGUCUACCGCGAGUUCGAUGUCCGAGUGGUGAACAACGAAGAGAGGUACUUCUGUUUGCUUCCGCCUUGCAUAGACAAGAAUAAGUCACUCUCAAAUCGACAGCAUUGGAUCACCCACAGAAAGUUCGUGCAUAAAGAAAAGGACAACAUCAACAUUCCAAGCGGUCGCGUGAUUCGGAAAUGGCUGACGGAAAGGGCAGGCUACCAACCACAGGAAGGCUUGACCUCUUCAGUCGAUCGGCGCAUGAUCGGCUCUUCAAGCAUCGAAGAAGGAAACAGCAAGAUUUUGUAUAAUCUUGUUGUGCACAUUUCGGGGCUCAUGACGCAACUCGGAAGUGCCUGGCAGGAAUUGGCUCGAGCCGUUCGAAACACCGACCAAUCAUUACCACAAUCGGCUCUACCACGGAUCAUCGCGGAGAAGGUCAAGGAGUUGUAUCUGAAUCUAGAGAAGGAGUCGCAAAUCAGCAGAGACUUGACCAGAAAACCCGACGUGAGCAAAAGCAGGAAGCGAAGACGAAAAGGAGAGGAACUAGAUGUGGAAGGGGAUCCGAGAGAGUGGGGAUCGAUGGGGAAGGCAUUGGCCGAUGGGAUGCACUAUCCGAAGCUGCUGAAGCCCCUAGACAUUAGAGAAGGACAAGCUAUGUAUCACACUUCCCACGAGAACGAGCAUUCCAUGGAGGAGCGCGCCGUGUCGUUUCAAAACGAUUUCUGCUGUCUGCAGGAAGAUGUCCAUGAGAUGCAUGCUAUGGGCUCGAGAGUGAGCGACGUUGGGUGGAGCCUAGCAGCACUAGCACCGGGAUUGAGAUCGGAUGGGUCCGUGAUAGGAGACGUGGAUCGAGGAGAUGGAGGCAUGGGUGGGAUGCCCGUGGAUAGAAACGACGUAGUGUCCCGGAUUGAGGAUUUGGUUCCAGCGAUGGGCAUCGGGGUGGGGUGAUAGACGUAGCUCCAGAGCUGUAAUUGGGGUGGCGAUUAGGCUCAGCCACAAGGAUUGACAGCCAGGUACUGAGGACAAAAAUGAUAUGGCAGUAUUGAAGCGCAAGAGGAAUGCUACCAGGGUACAAUUCUGGAGAGUGACGGCGGUGUUUCCAUUUUGCAGGUUCUAUGCUCUCGUGAACGAGCCCAUUUGCAUUGCAGCUAGUUCUAGUCGCCAGAAGCCUCCGUAUCCAAUCUCCUGGACCAGAUCCCCUUUUUAGGGAGAUUGUGCAGUCAGGAGCAUUAGUCAGUGGUUGAAGUGGGCUAUUCCAGUUCUCCAUCAACGGCAUCAUUAUCAUACCAAAAGAUUGUAAUCAUCAUUUUUUUCCUGUAAAUGUUCUAUAAUUGUAUCCAAAGCUUCCUUGCCUCA